UGGUUAAUAGGAUGUUGAAUAAUUUCAAUUCGUAAAUAACUCCAUACAAAGUAUGCGUGAAUAAACGUAAUGCACGCAACCUCACGCGCGUUGUAAAAUUGUUCCGUAAGAUUCUUCCGGGGAUUCUAACUUCAGUUCUCAGCAGACGCGCUUACCGUAAACACAGGCCUAUUGCGAGCAGGCCAAAUAAUAUGCCCGUACAUUUUUACAAAACCACUAUUCUUGAGUUGGCAGUUGUUCAGCUCAGAUUUGAGAAUUAUGUGAUUUAAACGUGAGUUGUGAUAAAGAUUCAUAAAAGUAUAGAAUGUAAUUAAUAACCAUUUGAUCAAGAUCAUAAACAAGAAUGAAAGAUAAGGAAUGAAAGAUCUGGAUCAAGAAUGAAAGAUCAAGAUCAAAAAUGAAAUAUCAAGAUCAAGAAUGAAAGAUCAAGAUCUAGAAUAAAAGAUCAAGAUCAAGAAUGAAAAAUCAAGAUCCAGAAUGAGGAUUAGAAGAGUUGGUCUCUGCAUCUUCUCCUUCAUCCUUCUCAUCUUCAUCCUGACCUUGGGAACCUUAAAGAGUGGAGGAGAGGAUACAAGAUGGAGGUCAAGAAGGCUGGCCAAGGGAGAUCCGUCAGGAGAGAGGAUUCCAGAUCAAAGUUCAGCUUAUCUGACCACGUUAUCAACUGGAGGAAUAGUGGAAAACUCUACCAGUCGAUCCAAGGACCUGGAGAAAGAUUUAGCUGAAGAAUCCAGCAGUGUAAAGAUAUCUGUAACCCUUCCAACCAAAUAUGGUGUCUCUGGCAGUAAAAUUAAAGCACAAAGAUUGGAUAUAUAUCGUGAGAGGAAAGAGCAGAUAAGUAAAACCUGCCAAAGGUUUGGACUCGGACGGUUUGCUCAGGAACCAAGUUCUCCAGGCUCAGAGUUGGUAGACGGUAUUAACUUAUACCAGGAGAUGGAGGGAACCUUAAACCGACCUCUUGAGAACUCCCUGAUUUGGGAGAAAAACUGGCAUUUAUUAUACUGUUGGAUCCACAAGGUGGCUUCCAGUUCAUGGAGUCAAAUCUUUUUUAACAUUGUAGGAAAACAGCUCCCUAUGACCCGGUUACACGAGGCUGCGCAAUACUUCCAACCAAAUGCCGUGGACAUUUCUCUCGCCAAGACGACAUCACUCGUGUUUACUUUUGUGCGGCAUCCUUUUGAACGUUUGGUUUCCGCAUUUCGUGAUAAAUUUGAACUAUCCAGAAAGUACGGCUAUGUAUACAGCCGGUAUGCUGGUAAGAUUCUAAACCAGCCGGCCGGGAUAAACUCCCGGCGGCCGACCUUCAAGGAGUUCGUGAAGUAUCUGCUGAUAGAGAGACUGGAGGAGUACAACGAUCACUGGUUGCCCUACUGGCUCCACUGCCACAUGUGUGAGAUGGAGUACGAUGUGAUUGGGAAAUUGGAAACCUGGAACGAAGAUGUAGAAUUUAUUACAGGAGUCAGUGGACUAAGCAGUACAAAUAUCACAAUACCAUGGACAAAUCGACGGAACAAUAGUCAAGAUCUGGCUUUAACAUAUUUCUCAUCAUUAGACCUGGAUACUGUAGGUCGUCUUUACACCAUCUAUCGGCCUGAUUUUGAAAUGUUUAAUUAUAAAGUCCAGCCAUAUUUUGAUCUAUUCCGUCCUUAGAUUGAGUACGUAUAAAUUAAAAAAAAUGUAUUAAUAAUAUUAAAAAAAUUGGUUUUAAACUUUUGCGUAAUUAAGAUCUACGACGACAUAAAUACGCAUAAUUUAGAAUCAGCCAUUUAUAGGGUAACCGACGAAUAAUAAAAAAUCUAAAGACUAAACAGUUUACAGAUUUUUAAUUGAAUUUUGGUUUUACUCUUUUUUCAUUCCUAGCUUGCCAAACGAUAUUACAUCAUUUAGUUAAAAAAACGUAAUUGAAAUCGCAUUUUAAGGUCGUCAUUAAAGUUUCCCCUCUUGUGGGUCACCCUGUAUAAACAUAUCCCGGUUAAGCAUUCAUGUAAAAUUGUUUUUUAUAAUUGUACAGUUCCGUUGUUCGAUGCCACCACCGAUUACACAGAUAAGACAAAACAUACAGAUUUUAAUGCAUGCCCUGAACCCUUUUUCCAAGAAGAAACCAAAACAUGUUGUAUAUGAGACGUAAUAUUGAAAUUAUGAAAAGCAUUUUUGCGACAUUAUGAAGAUUUUUACGAUGUUAUAAUAACUAUUUGUUUGCGACAUUAUCAACAUAAAGUUUGCGAAAUUUUAAUCAUUUUUGCUACAUUUUGAACUUUUUUAAAGACAUUAUAAACAUUUUUGCGACCCAUUCAAUUUAGAUUUUCGAAACAUGAACAUUUUUGCGAAAUCAUAAAAAUGUUUGGGACGCUAUCAACAUUUUGGCGAUAUUAUUAUCAUUUUUGCGAAAUUAUUAAUAUUUUUGCAACAUUAUAAACAUCAAUUUUGCGACAUUAUAAACAUUUUUGUAAAAUUAUAAACAUUUUUUCAACAU